AUGUCUUUCUCUGGGAAAUAUCAGCUGGAGAGUCAGGAGGGCUUUGUGGAGUUCAUGAAGGCUGUUGGUCUUCCUGAUGAUCUCAUUGAGAAAGGCAAAGACAUCAAGAGUGUCUCCGAGAUCGAGCAGAAGGGAGAUCAGUUUAAAGUGACCGUGACGACUGGACCCAAAGUUCUGACCAACACCUUCACGAUUGGACAAGAGGCUGAGAUUGAAAACCUGGCUGGAGAGAAAAUCAAGACUGUUGUGACUAAAGAUGGCAACAAGCUGAAAGUGGUUCUGAAUAGAGUCACAUCCAUCACAGAACUCGUGGAUGGCAACACACUCGUCGAUACUUUGACCUUGGGCGACAUCGUCUUCAAGAGAGUGAGCAAACGUGUGCCGUAAUUGCAAACGAGGCUCAGGCUGAUUUGAGAAGAAGAGAAAAUGUGAAGAGAAAUAAAAACAUGUUUUUA